UGUUUCCCCUCCUCCUGAAGGGGAAGACUUGGAAGAACAGAACAGUCCUUGUCUGAAGCAAUUCAGGAGGCCAACAUUGAUUCUCUGUAUCAAAAGGAUCCUCCAAACUAAUUAACACAAGUUACACUCUUUUUCCUACUUCACUUCAUCAUGACAUUCCUGAUUCUGAUCCUCUUGCUUCUGUCUUUUCCACUGCUUUCCCUUUUUGCUCCUCGGAAGCCACCUCCUCUUCACAUUCUCCCCAUCCCCUCUGCUUCCCAGCUUCAAUGGCAACUCCCCCCCAUGGCUAUUUUCUUCCACUUCGGACCCAACACCUUCACCGAUUCAGAAUGGGGCUCUGGCCAUGCUGAUCCCUCUGUCUUCAACCCCACCCUAUUGGAUGCCUCGCAGUGGAUCUGAGUUGCUAAGGAUGCUGGGUUUUCUCGCGUUGAGGCGUUGAGGCGUUGAUCUAUCGAGAGAGAUGAUGAAAAGUCAGCCCGCGAUCGAGAACCUACUAUCAAGGAGAGGUUGAGUGGCCGACGACACGAAGGUGAGAGAGCAGCGGCAGAGUUAGGGCGGACGGUGAAGGCUCAUCGCUGUCGGUGAGAAGAGAGUGCAGACCAAAUUCAAUUCAAAAUUGAAAUUCGAGGGUUUUAUGGUGAAAUUGAAAUGCACGGUAUUUACUCUUGUGAAUUACUUUGUUAAAAUACAUGUAUUUCAUCCAAAUUCAAUUACAUUUUAUUUAGGUAAAAACAAACAGUAAAAUUGAAUUUGAGCA